AUGAAGCACAAGAACAGGCCGAAGCUCCCCACCUCCCUGAACAGCCGGCGGUGGGUGUUCGUGCGGAAGGGGCUGGACGACUUCAGGAGAGGCUGCCCGCCUUGCCACGGUCUGAUCACGCGGGGACCCGAGCAGGACUUCCUGCCCUGGAUUCAUCACAGAGCUCCCCAGCCAGCCCCAAAGAGGAGGCAAAACAAGCCCCCCAAGGACGCAGCCCUGUUUUCCAAGCUGUCGCCAGCCCAGCGGGCUCGACAGGCUUUCCUGGAGGACGUGGAGGCCCGCCUGGCCUCGCACCCCUUGGCCGGCUCCCGGAGUCUGGAAGAAGCCAUGCCUGCAGAGCUCUUACUAAAGGUGCUGGAAGUGCUUGAUCCUGACAGGAAGCUGGAGGACACAUGGGCUUAUUGUGAGGACCCCAGAAAAAGAACAAAGGAACACCCGGAGCUUUCUAGAAAAAGUUCUACGCAAGUCCACCUGGGACUCCAUGGCCCCCCCAGGGACGCCCUGCUUCUUGCAGGCCCUGCGCUGUCCCGUCAUGUGCGGACACAGCCCUCCAGACCCCGCGAACACGACCGAGCGUCUUCCGCCUCUGCGCCAGACUACCUGCUUCCGGCAGUGGCCCACCAGAUUAACCCCUGGAUUAAGGAGGGAAGCCAGGCGCACCCGCCAUGCGCCCUCAGUUCCCGCCCUGUGAUACUCUUCCAGGGAAGCUCGAACAUUGAUGCGGAGUUCAUCCUGGCACAGUUCGACCUUGACUACCAGGACAGACCCGGCCACGACGUGCUCCCCACGCUGAGGCCAAACCCGGUUCCUCUGGAGCUAAAGCCCAGGCUGGGGCUCAGCAAACAGCAGGAGCUGGAAUUCUUCCAGAAGCUAGACUACGAGAGGAAGCUCCAGAAACCACAGAAUCCUCAUAAACCGAAGACGGUGAAGAUGAGGUACGGAGCGUGGUAUCUGGACACCAAGUUGUGGAAAAAGCAAAGAGCGGAUGAACCCCUGGUCGACCCUAAGGUCUCACACAAAGCUCCAGAUGAGAAUUUUAAAAAGGGGCUGCAGGAACAGGAGCAGUUCCUUGCAGACCUUCAUGGAACAGUUGCCUUUAAGGAUUUCAUUCUAAGCAGGGGCUACAGGAUGCCGAGUUUCCUUGAGAAGAUGCGCCCCAGGAAGGAAUGUGAGCGUGCGUGUAAAUCCGUGAUGAGCGUGCCAUUGCGGAUGUUCAUCUUCGACUUGGCAGCAUCCGCGCAUGUAGUGCAUGACACUUGUAAACAUUUCUCGAUGACCUUCUGCUUCAAUGAAUCAGUAUUUUAUACAUUUUAUCAACUAUGAGAUCAGUAAUCACAUGUAGUCUGACAUUUUUGUAGCAUUGUGAAUAUUACCUAGGUAUAUGUGCUAUUUGUA